GAAGUUUUUCUGACCACAGUCCCCGACCUCCGUCAGAAAUGGGGAACGUGCAGUGGGAGCCGUCCGCGGGCGGGGGCUCCCGAAAAGAGCAGGCCUCGGACCGGUCCUCCGACUCCCGCCGUACAUCACUGGUGGAGCCCGAGGGGACCCCCUCCUCCCCGGCCAUGCGCCUGGCUCGCGGACUGGGCGUCUGGUUCCCUGGCAGCUCUGCGUCCCCGGGACUCCUGGUACCCCCGGCGCCCCAGGCCUCACCCUCACCCCUGUCCCUGACCUUAGAACUGCCCUCGCCAGUGACGCCCCCUUCAGAGGAGGCGACUGCGGCCGCGGUCUCCACACCACCCCCGCCCCCCGUGGGGACCCUGCUGCCUGCGCCGUCUAAGUGGCGAAAACGCACGGGCACUGCGGUGCCCCGGAUCCGCGGUCUGCUGGAAGCGAGCCAUCGCGGCCGGGGCGUCCCUCCCAACCUCCGCCCACUGCCGCCGCCGCCCCGACAACUAACCGGAGAGGACCCCGACCCUGUCCCGAAGGCUCCAUCCCCCACUCCGCCGCCCUUGGAGUCGCGGAAGCCGCCACUACCGACACUUUCCAACCCGCAGCCCCCGGAACGCAGAAGCACUCCUGCUCUGGCCACAUCCGCCGCAACCCCUACAGAAAGCCAGGCCAGGCACAGUAGCGAGGGCCAGACGGCCGGCGGAGCCCGCAGAGGGGCACCUCCCCAAGCAGGCGAGGGAGAAAUGGCCCAGCCUGUGGCCUCCGAGCCCGGCCUGAGUCUGUUGUGUAAAGUCACCUUCAAGUCGGGGCCCCAGCUGUCCCCUGCGGCAGCGUCGAGUUCCUUAGCGGCCAAAGCCUCCCUCGGGGGCGGCGGCGGAAGAGGACUCUUCGCCGCCGCCGCCUCGGGCGCCAUCUCCUACGCUGAGGUCCUGAAGCAGGGGCCCCUGGCUCCUGGGGCUUCUCGCCCCUCGGGAGAGGUCCCUCGGGGAACUCAGGAAGCAGAGGGCGGUGAUGGAGACGGCGAGGGGUGUUCUGGACCACCCUCGGCGCCUGCGUCCCACGCCCGGACCCUUACUCCUUCACCCUACACCACCUUCCCAGGCUCGAAGCCCAAAUUUGACUGGGUGAGCCCCCCUGAUGGCCCUGAACGCCAAUUUCGCUUCAAUGGAGCUGGCGGAGGCGUCGGGGCUCCCCGACGGCGCGCAGUAGCGCUCUCAAGGCCCAGGGCCUCCCCGCCGCCUCCGCUAGGGCAGAUGCAUCCAGCUCCCGGGCCCCGGAGGUCCGCACCCGCCUUCCUGGCGCCGCCUGUGUUCAUCUUCCCGGUGCCCACCAAUGGCAAGACUGUGCGCCCCGGGCCUCCCAGCCCGCAGGAGUUGCCGCCGCCGCCGCCGCCGCCGCCCACGCCACUACCCACGCCGCAGCCGCCCGUGCUCCAGCCAACGCCGGUGCCCGUGGCGCUCCCGCCCACCCCAAGCCCUGGCCACUUGGAGUCGGCCGUGGCUCCCGCCCCGGCUCCCGCUCUGCCCCUCGCCUUGGCCGCUGACCAGGCCACAGGCCCGGCCCUACCCCCGGCUCCAGCUGCCACCGUGGCUGAGCCAUCGCCACCUGCGCCCGCGCGCGUCAAGGUCCGCACGCGCCGGAACAAGGGUCCCCGCGCAGCCCGGGCCGCUCCGCGUGAGGAUGGCGCGCCUGGAGAUGGUCCUCGCGAAUGUACUGCAACUACUGUGACUGACAGCGGUGGUGGAGGGGGUGGUGGCAGCGGGGCUCCCCCAGCGGGGACGGUUAACUCGACCGCCGCGUGCCACUGGCCACCCUUCCAGGUGCUUAACUCUUGUCCCUUCAAGUGUUACUGCCGCCACCAGCCACGCCAUCGCCACCUGCCACGCAACGUGUCUGCCUGGCUGAGCACGUCCACCAACCACCUGAGUGAGCCACCCUGGGUCACCACCAUCAAGUUGGCCGGCUCCCUCGUAGCUGGGCUGGAGCACUACGACUUGCAGGCUACCCAUUCCAACUGAGUGCAGUCUGCUCAAUGCCCUCUGCCUUCCCCUCCUUGACAAUAAAAUAACCAUCCAGAUGCCUACAGGCCUAGAUGUCUGUCAGUCACUGGCUAAGGGUUGAAGGGGUGGGGCGGGGCAGAGGUCUCCAUGAAAGCACCACAUCCUGGCAACAGGAGGCUGGACCCAGACUAGCAAUAAGGGAGGUUCCAUUCAUCCAGCAUGUGGACUGAUGCAUCCAGGGGUGAGAUGUUCUCAUUCCCCUUAAUACCAUCUGCCCCAUUUCCAAGCCAAUCUGGUGCCAAGCUCAGGGGUUCAGUGCAAAUCACUCUGGAAAGCAGGAAUGAUCAUUCCCUUUCUGCAGCUGGGGAAACCGACUCUAGAAGACUUUCUUGAAAAUCCCACAAAACCACAAAUGGCUCAGCCAGAUUUGGACUCUGCCUUAAACACCUUGAGAACUUCAAGGCAGGAAACAGGCUGGGAA